CACCUAUGAUGAGCACGUUGUCCACCUCACACAAUGGAUUAAACUUGGAGUUGUGAGAAGGUCACAGUUUUGCAAUUCCUGACUGCUUUACGAACUGAUUUAAACCUCAAGGGAGGGAAACAGUAAAAAGCUAGGCAUGAUUCAGAGGAUGGAGGUGGUGCUCUCAGUCUUGGGGGAGCUGCAGGAGGCCACAGAGUGCAUGGGUCUUGAUGCCCUCACUAAAGUUGCUGUGGAGGUGGAACAGGCCCUGGCCUCUUUCUGUCUUCCUUCAGCACUCUGCUCUGAGAUCUCCUCAUGGCUUGGCAUCGACGCACUAGCUCACAGACUGUACCCGGCAGACGCCCCGGCGGGUUUGCUUCCUCUGGUCUGCAAAGGAGAAGGAAACAUGCUGUUUGAGGCAGCUAGCAUGCUUCUAGUGGGGUCUACGUGCCUGAGUCUGGAGCUACAGGUCAGGACAGUGGUGGAGAUGCUUCUCUGGAAGAGAUACUACCUGUGCGGAAUGAUCGACUCAAAGGUGAUGCUGCAGGCUGUAAGGUUUUCCCUCUGCACCGAGGAGUCUCAGGACAUGCUCAAUCUGCCGAUUCAGGUGCUGGAGGCCAUCUUCGACGCAGAUGUCAAGGCCUCCUGCUUCCCUGGCUCGUUUGCAAAUAUGUGGCACGUGUAUGCGCUGGCGUCUGUCCUGCAGUGCAACAUUUAUUCGGUUUAUCCCAUGUUCAAUUUAAAGAUUCGGCCCUAUUUUAAUCGACUCAUUCGCCCAAGGACAUGGUUGAAAGACUCUGAGCCCUUGACCCUUCACAUCAUGUGGUCGGGUGACCUGGAGGCAGGCUCUGUUUUCAAACCCCUCAACUUUGUAGCUUUGAUUCAUGCUAGCGACCUCAAAAUCGGGAGUCCCAACAGCGAGCAGCGAAUGCCCUCGGUAAAGUCCCUGGAGCUUCUGAAUCAGGAUGCCCAGCUGUCAUACUCCAACCUCAAAGACAAGUUCAAUAUCACCAAGAGCACCUUUUACCGCUGGAAGAGGCAAAGCAUCGAGUACCACAAGAAAUCGGUGGCCAGGUAUGAGGCCAAACACUUUUUCCUGACAUCCUACAAGCAAGGGAAGCUGAUUCCCCUCAGCCACUUUAAAGGGCUUUUCCCAGAAAUUCCAAGAUCCACUUAUUACGCGUGGAAGCAAGAGCUUGUGUCUACUUGCAGGAUCUCGGGCGGCUCCACAGGGGAGCUGAGUCCUGGAGACAGCACUGAACAGGACUACUGGUCCUCACCAGAAGUCAAGAAGAAGCCCAACCAAGGGAGCUUUGCUAGCAUGUUGGCGUUCAAGUGCGAGAAACUGGAAGGAGAACGGGCCCAAAAUGUGGCCUUGAUGCAGGAGGCGAAGAGCAGCUUGCAGAACUGUAUCAUUGCGAACGCCUCCUUCCCCUACAGAAUUUUCAAAAGAAGGUUUCCAGGCAUCUCCAGAUCCACAUACUACAACUGGAGGAGGGAAGCCAUGCUGUUCACGCCUUUCAAAGAGCUCUCAGGUAGCAGCGAGGAGAGCUCAGAUGCUGAUAAAACCCAGAGUCCCAGAAGUCAAGUGUCUCUUGCUACGUUUGACAGACAAAAACUGUCACCAAGAGUGAAGAUCUCCAGACGCAAGCAAAGGAACCUGAGGCUGGCAUACCACCAGAGGAAAAUGUUAAGGGAAGAAGCCAAAAUGCACAUCCGGAGGUCAAAGAUGUCCUUCAUUAAAUUUAAACUCAAGUUCCCUUCAGUUUCCUCCUCUUUCUACUGGCUCUGGAGAGAUCCUUUGAAAGGGAAAACCAAGAUGCCUGUCCUGAUGUCUGAGACGGAGGAAUCCCAGAGCUUGGCUGUCUCACCAGAGGUCUUCGAAAAGAUAAAAACUCCAGGAAUGUUUACUUUUGAUGGGAACAUCGAUUGCCUGAAUGGACAGACAGUUCGUCCCUCUGUAUUCACACUGCCUGAAUACACUUUGCCUGAGCAGUCCAAUAAUGAACAUAUGUUUGUAAUGGAUGUCGUGGCACUGGCUAAUUUCAAGGCCCAAGCAAAGCUGUUUUUGCAACAACGCUUUGAAGAGAAGUCCUUUCCCACAUUCAAAGAGUUCCGGUCCUACUUUCCUCUUACACCUCGUUCCACCUACUACAUGUGGAAAAGGGCUCUGCAUCACGGGGUGCCAUUAAUUCAUGGCUGAAUGCUGUUGUUUUCUUCACCACUGUAAAGUCCAGUAAUAACAUCCAAAACUGACACUGCUCUUUUUUUUUUUUAGUUCACAAUGCAAUGUUUCUUUGAGACUGACUGUUUGUUUUUGUUUUUUUAGUCACCCAGAUAAUUGCAGUUCAUGCAUCUUAAUUAUUUGUCCUUUUCCUUUACUUGACCACUUGGUUCUAGCUCAAGGACAUUUGCGUGUGUGUGAAAUCAGACAGUCUUUGUGUCCACCUACAGUAAGUGCUGAUGGCCCCCAGGCAAAAGGCAGUUCAAAGACACUAUCAGGCUCUCUUCUGACCCCCACCCCCAAAUAUUUACAAUUUAAAUGAGUUCUAAGUUCUGAUUAGGUUCAUUUUAUUUUCUUGUCUAUUUCUUUUUAAUUGUUUUUGGGUCUUUUUUAUUUUUUAUUAUUUUGUUUUAUACUUGUUUUUUUUCCAGUUGAAAAAGUUCCAGUUGAGGAUUUUCUUAAACAAAAAUGUAUAUUAUUUGAAUUCUUACAUUGGAGUGUUCUUUAUUUCUUCUUUUAUACAUAUAUAUUUUUAUACUGACAAUUGAAUGUGAUCUCAAAACUUUGGGAAAUGGGAAAACUUUGUGGCCAAUUUAAAAUGUAUUUCUCACUAUUGAAUGUUAUAGAAUUGUUGCUGUUUUGCACAUUGUUUUUGACCAUGAUUCAGUUCACGCAUGUAUUUUUUUUUUCUUGCUGCUAAAGCUGUGAAAAUUUGACAAUCUCUGAUUUGAUACUGUUGAAGUGUUUGCUGAAGUUGUGUUCUUCAACUACC